GCGGCGGCUGCCCCCGGGCCCGCGGGCCGGGCAUGGGCGGUGCGGCGGCGGCGGCGGCGGGCGGGCGCUGAGGCGGGCGGCGGCAGCAUGGAGGCCAUCUGGCUGUACCAGUUCCGCCUGAUCGUCAUCGGCGACUCCACCGUGGGCAAGUCCUGCCUCAUCCGCCGCUUCACCGAGGGGCGCUUCGCCCAGAUCUCGGACCCCACGGUGGGCGUGGAUUUCUUCUCGAGGCUGGUGGAGAUCGAGCCGGGCAAGCGGAUCAAGCUGCAGAUCUGGGACACGGCCGGGCAGGAGCGGUUCCGGUCCAUCACCAGAGCUUACUACAGGAACUCAGUUGGUGGACUCCUCCUCUUUGAUAUUACAAACCGCAGGUCCUUCCAGAACGUCCACGAGUGGCUAGAGGAGACCAAGGUGCACGUCCAGCCAUACCAGAUCGUCUUUGUUUUGGUAGGUCACAAGUGUGACCUUGACACACAGCGGCAAGUCACCAGGCACGAGGCUGAGAAACUGGCUGCUGCAUAUGGUAUGAAGUACAUUGAGACCUCGGCUCGGGAUGCCAUUAACGUGGAGAAGGCCUUCACUGACCUGACUCGAGAUAUAUACGAGCUUGUUAAAAGGGGGGACAUUUCAAUCCAGGAGGGAUGGGAAGGGGUAAAGAGCGGGUUUGUCCCAAACGUAGUGCACUCUUCAGAAGAAGUGGUGAAAUCAGAUAGGCGAUGCUUGUGCUGAGCUCUUCUAGUGAGGCAAGUGGUGAUGAACUCUACUAACCAAAUGUACUUUACUAAGUGAACUCGGUGUGAGAGAAGGGAGAGCAACACUCCCGUUGUGAACAGCCUCCCGCAGUGUUUUGGACACCAGAACAGACCCCAGAAAGACAUGUUCUGUUCCAAAUAACCUUUCAGAACUGGGGGCUACAAACCUACAGGAGAGUGAGUGAGGGUGCAUGUAGCUGUUGUAAGGAGACAGGAAGCAGAAAUGAGGGGCUGCACAAGACAGGAGAGAGUAUGCAGAGAGCUGGAUGGGCUGGCACGUGCCAGGGUACUGUACUUGUCCUCUUUUAAGUAAAUCCAUAGCUCCAUGUUGGGUAUCGAAGCCACAGUAUUGGUACUUUAAUAGUAUGAGAAACAGGCAGACAGAGAGAAAGAAAGAGGACAUCUUCCUUUGUGUCAGCUGUUUACUACAGGAAGGUGAAAAGGCAGCACAGAUACUGUUUCCUCAUAAGCCAGGCUCCACAGGAGAAGCUUACUGACAUGGUGUGCACACUUCUGAAUUUUCUUUCUUAUGUUCUUGAACCUAGUUUGAUAGCAAAGAUUUAAAGAGGAAAACAGUAGUUAUCUGACUGGUAAUUAACAUUUAAAUUAUUCCCCUCCCCAGUAGUGCUUUUCUUGCUGUGCUGAACUGGGACUCUAAGUAGCAAUUCCUGCUCCAGUAGUAAUUAUUCAGUGCAUUUUUACACAUUUACUGCCUAGGUGAGUACCUUGAAUGUACCCGAGUUCAGGGCUUUCCAAUAGGAUUAGGUGGUCAGGAGCACAGAGAGAACCACAUCCUCAUAUGUUGUAGCUUAAGGGUGGGGUGUUGCAGCCAGGUGGGACACACCAACAUUUCUCUCUUGCUAACAAACAGCAGUGUGCCGACUCUUUGGGUGUCUUACCAGCCAGGUCACAAGGAGGAAUGGAAAAGGGGAAGACAGGGGAAACAAACAUCAAAAAAAAAACUUGAAAAGCUUAACUCAGGUGCGUCAGCCAUACUAAAAGGUGAGAUUUGUUUUUAAAGAGGUUAACUAGCAUAAAAGGCAACAGCUUCCAUCAGUAUUUUCUGCUGUUAAAGUGUCGUUUUCUUUCUUGGCAUCUGUGGAAAACAAGAAACUAACGCUGGGAAGGAGGAGCACACCCCGGGAGUGUCUGAGCAGGUGGAAAGCCACAAGAUGAGCUCGAGUAACAUUUGUUUUCCUCCAUGUUUUAAUUUGACAAAAGAGGAUCCAUCUCAGGUUGGUUGUUAUGGGGUGGCAGCCAUGUUACAAAAGCUACGUGUAGGGAGAUGUUUCCUGGGAAUGCCAUUCACCACUUAGAAGCUUUGCUUCUGCUAAGUUUUAACUUAAGCUUUUGAAGUGCAGCAGGGUAACUGUGCUCCCACAGCAAAGGAAGGAAGUUCAGCCUAUUAAAAGCAAACAAACCUAUAGUGACUUUUUUCCACUUGAGUUUGAAAGCGUUAUACACCAAUCUGCUAAUGGGCAGGAGAGAGUGAUUAGGUAAAACCACAGGAAGCAUCUAGUGCUUGAUUUUAGGCCUCUAAAAAUAGGGAAGAAUAAAAUAUUUACAGUUUUUUAAGCUACCUUGUCUGUAAAGGUGUGGGCUGCCUUGAUCACUGUUGUGUUCAGCCUAUUUCUCCCUUUGAACCCGGUCUCACAGUUUGCAGCACAUGGGCAGGUCUGUAUGAAUUAAAACCCCUGUGGUUUCCAUAGCAAAGCUGUACAAAACCCCCAAAACCCAACAACCAAACCACUGAACAUGAGUAAUGCUUUUAUUCUCAGUGUUCUAGGAACAGUUUGAGUCCCUGGGCUCUGCAGGGGAGCAGCAGUGUGGCACCUACUGGGGGGGACACUGGUAGGAAGUCGGAGGGAGGGAGGGGUGGCACUGGACCAGCACCUUACAGUAAGCGUCUCGCUUCUAACCCCUGGUUGCUCUUGAAUAGGCUACAAACACAUCAGAAACCUUGUGCUAAAGGCAGAUUCAGCUGUGGUCAAGUUGAGUGCCCUGAAGAUUAAACCACAACAAGAA